AUGUCAAGCAAUAUUCUACUGAUUCCCGGCCCGAUUGUAAUCAGCGAAAAUGUUCAGGCAGCGUUGGGCACGCCUUCGUUGUCGCACACUGGACCUGAGUUCGCGGCGAUUUUCUGCAGUACUUUGCAGAAAACCCGUAAGUUGUUCAAAGCCGGGGAAACUGCUCAACCGGUGUUGCUAGCCGGCAGCGGUACUUUGGGGUGGGAUGUCGCGGCAUCCAACCUUAUAAUUCCUGGCGAAAGAGUGCUUGUUUUAAGCACUGGGUAUUUCUCGGACUCGUUUGCAGAGUGUUUCCAGACCUACGGUGCGAAGGUCGACAAGCUGACCGCUCCAUUGGGCGGCCAAGUCCCGGUAAGCGACGUACGGGAGGCUUUGGCCAAUGGACACUACAAGAUGAUCAGCAUCACCCACGUCGAUACCUCCACUGCGGUGUUGAACGAUGUCAGGUCCAUUUGCAGAGUCGUCAAGGAAGUGUCGCCUGAGACCUUGAUAACCGUCGACUGUGUUUGCUCGGUCGGGUGCGAGAAACUGGAGUUUGAUGCCUGGGGCAUCGAUUACGCUUUAACAGCCUCUCAAAAGGCAAUUGGGUGUGCACCUGGUCUCAGCAUCUCCAUGCUCAGUGAAAGAGCCGUGGGCGUGGCUCUGAACAGAGAGGCACAAUCUUCGUUUUUUGCCAGUUUGAAGAGGUGGAUCCCAAUCAUGCAGAGCUACGAAAAGGGCUCGGCUGCUUACUUUGCUACUCCAGCCGUUCAACUGAUUAACGCCCUGGACGUGGCCAUUGGAGAGGUCUUGAAACCAGGUUUGGACGCACGCAUCGCUAAGCAUCGUGACAUUAGCAAUUGGUUCAAGAGCAAGGUUACUGAGGAAUUGGGUCUGAAGUUGGUGAGUGCCAACGAGCGCGUCUCUGCUCACGGCUUAACUGCCAUUUACGUAAAGAACCCACCAGAAGUUAUCUCCGCGCUGAAAAAGAGUGGUAUAGUAAUAGCUGGUGGUAUCCAUAAGGACAUCAAGGGCGAAUACAUUCGUGUUGGCCAUAUGGGUGAGUCUGCUUGUAACGAUUCGCUGCAACACAUUCAAAAGUGUUACGACGCUUUGAAAUCGCUCAACUUGUGA